UUGGGGGUUCGAGUCAACAAUCGACCCUACAAUCGACCCAACUAUCGACCCAACUAUCGACCCAACAAUCGACCCAACAAUCGACCCAACAAUCGACCCAACAAGGUCGACCCAACAAUCGACCCAACAAUCGACCCAACAAUCGACCCAACAAUCGAUCCAACAAUUGACCCAACAAUCGACCCAUCAAUCGACCCAACAACCGACCCAGCAAUCGACCCAACAAUCGACCCAACAAUCGAACCAACAAUCAAAACAACAAUCGACCCAACAAUCGACCCAACAAUCGAUCCAACAAUCGACCCAACAAUCAACCCAAUCGAACAUAAUCAACCCAACAACUACCCCAACAAUCAACCCAACAAUCAACACAACAAUCAACCCAACAAUCAACCCAAGAAUCAACCAAACAACUACCCCAACAAUCAACCCAACAAUCAACACAACAAUCAACCCAACAAUCAACCCAACAAUACCCCAACACUCAACCAAACAAUCAACCCAACAAUCAACCCAACAAUCAACUCAACAAUCAACCCAACAACCAACCCAACAAUCAACCCAACAAUCAACUCAGCAAUCAACCCAACAAUCAACUCAGCAAUCAACCCAACAAGCAACCCAACAAUCGACCCAACAAUCGACCCAACAAUCGACCCGACAAUUGACCCAACAGUCAAGCCAACAAUCGACCCAACAAUCGACCCAACAAAUGACCCAACAAUCGACCCAGCAAUCGACCCAACAAUCGACCCAACAAUCGACCCAACAAUCGACCCAACAAUCAACCCAACAAUCGACCCAACAAUCGACCCAACAAUCGACCCAACAAUCGAUCCAACAAUCGACCCAACUAUCGACCCAACAAUCAACCCAACAAUCAACCCAAUAAUCAACCCAACAACUACCCCAACAAUCAACCCAGCAAUCAACCCAACAAGCAACCCAACAAUCGACCCAACAAUCGACCCAACAAUUGACCCAACAGUCAAGCCAACAAUCGACCCAACAAUCAACUCAACAAUCAACCUAACAGCCAACCCAACAAUCGACCCAACAAUCGACCCAACAAUUGACCCAACAGUCAAGCCAACAAUCGACCCAACAAUCGACCCAACUAAUGACCCAACAAUCGACCCAGCAAUCGACCCAACAAUCGACACUACAAUCGACCCAACAAUCGAUCCAACAAUCGACCCAACAAUCGACCCAACAAUCGACCCAACAAUCGACCCAACAAUCGACCCAACAAUCAACCCAACAAUCAACCCAACAAUCGACCCAACAAUCGACCGAAUAAUCAACCCAACAACUACCCCAACAAUCGACCCAGCAAUCAACCCAACAAGCAACCCAACAAUCGACCCAACAAUCGACCCAACAAUUGACCCAACAGUCAAGCCAACAAUCGACCCAACAUUCAACGCAACCAACACUCUCGAGAGACAACCGACACACUGA